AUGGAAGCGGAGGAGCUGCGCGUGGGGUUCGUGGGCGCCGGGAGGAUGGCGGGGGGCCUCGGCCGGGGGCUGCUGCGGGCAGGGAAGGUCCCUGCCAGCAACAUCGUUGUCAGCGCUCCCUCGGACCGCAAUCUGGCAGAGUGGCGGGAGUGGGGCUGUCGCACCACGCACUGCAACUUGGAGGUACUUCAGGAGAGCACAGUGGUGUUCUUGGCCACCAAGCCCCACGUGCUGCCCACAGUGCUGCAGGAGCUGCGUCCUGCUGUCACCUCCCAGCACCUCCUCAUCUCGCUGGCAGCUGGUGUCAGCCUGCAGAAGCUGCAGCAGCUGCUCCCCACGGGGACGAAGGUGCUGCGCCUGAUGCCCAACCUGCCUUGCGUGCUGCAGGUGGGAGCUGCUGUGUUCUCCCGUGGCUGUGGGGUUGGGGAUGGGGAUGCAGCACUGCUGCAGUCCCUGCUGUCCCCAUGUGGGCUGUGUGAGGAGGUCCCUGAGUCCUACAUCAACAUCCACACUGGGCUCAGUGGCAGUGGCGUUGCCUAUGUGUACCUGUUUGCUGAAGCCAUGGCCGAGGGAGCUGUGAAGAUGGGGAUGCCAGGGGGCCUGGCCAGUAGGAUUGCAGCCCAGACGCUGCUGGGAGCAGCAAAGAUGCUGCUGGAGACAGGUGAGCACCCAGCAAAGCUGCGUGGGGACGUCUGCACACCUGGUGGGACCACCAUCCAUGGGUUGUACCAACUGGAGAAGGGAGCAUUGAGGGCCACCGUCAUGAAUGCAGUGCAAGCAGCCACUGAGCGGGCGAGCGAAAUGGGGGAGGAUUAACAGACAUCCCAUCUCAUCCUGUGGUAGUGGGGACCACAGCUCUUGGUGCCACCAAACCAAACCAUGGUGCCACCAAAGUGAAGGCUGUUGGUCCCAGACGAAAACAUGGUGCUACCAAACUGAAGCAUGGUGACCCCAAACUGAAGCAACCAAACCAAAGCCUGGUGACUCUAGACUGAAGCAUUGAUGACAGCAAACCAAAGCACAGUGAUCCCAAAGUGGAGGUUGGUGACCCCAGACUCAAGCAUGGUGACACCAAACUGAAGAAUGGUGAUACCAAACCAAAUCAUGUUGACCAGCAAAUGGAAGCCUGGUGACACCAGAUUGAAGAACGGUGCCACCAAAUCAAAUCAUGUUGGCCAGCAAACUGAAGCCUGGUGACACCAGACUGAAGUAUGGUGAUCCCAAACUGAAGCCACCGGACCAAAACUUGGUGACCCCAAACCAAACCCCUGAAGGGUCCUUGAGCCUUUUGGGAGAUCCUGGGUGGAGGUGGGAGAUGCUGAAGUGUGUGGUCACCAUGGAGUGGGACCCAAUAAAGGUGGGCAGUGCGGUGGUA